UUUCGGCCAUUUUGUAGGUUUCAUAAUUUUAAUUUUAAAGAUAUAUCUACCUAUUAUCUCUAUUUUUGUUUCCUUAAUCGUGAUUUUUACAUUGAAGGAAUAGGGAUUCGUCUACUCGUCUAUUUAAUAUUUUAAAUUUUUAUAUAUCUCAUAUCUGUGAGAUCACUAUUCAUUAUUCACUAUAGAUAAAAGAUUGGAUCACGGUCUUAGCAUGAUUAACCAACUCAGUAAAAUUAAAUCAUAAUUCAUGACAAUUGACAAAUUGAAAAAUAAAUAUUAAAUUUGGAAUACUACAUACUACAUAGUAAUUAUUCAUUAGUUAAGAGUCGGGAUUAUCGAUCAAUUAGUAAAAUAAAUUUGGAAUUGGACUACCUACCUAUCUAUAAUCAAUUUUUUGAUUUUGCAGCCAUCACAAUGAAUGCAAAAUUCUAUCGACUAAGAGUUACUGUUGCUAUAACAUAUACAAGACUGAAAUCGACAAUCUAUGCACUUUCAUCAGGUCUUGGAAAAUGUGGUGUAGCUGUUAUCAGAGUAUCUGGACCAUGUGCAUCUGACGCUAUAUUAAAUAUGACCCAUUUAAAACAUUUACCAAAAUCUAGAAAAGCUUGUUUGAACAAAAUUAUUGACCCAACUACAAAAGAACAAUUAGACAAUGGGUUAUUGCUUUGGUUUCCAGGCCCCAAAAGUUUCACGGGUGAAGAUUGUUGUGAAUUUCAAGUACAUGGGGGUAGGGCUGUUGUCACUUCAGUUCUUAAUGGUUUAUCAAAACUAUCAAAUUUUCGACCAGCUGACCCUGGAGAGUUCACCAAGCGUUCAUUUUAUAAUAACAAAAUGGACUUAACUGAAGUAGAAGGUUUAGCUGAUCUUAUAGAGGCUGAUACUGAGUUUCAAAGAAAGCAAGCAUUGAUGCAGUUAGAAGGUGCUUUGAGACAACUUUACAGUUCUUGGAGACAAUAUCUUUUAGAAAAUUUAGCUUGUGUCGAAGCUUAUAUAGAUUUCAGUGAAACAGAUAAUAUUGAAUACCUGGUAUUGGAAAAUGUUAAAGAAAAUCUAGAAAAACUGGCUAAAGAGAUUGAGAUGCACUUAAUGGACAACAGAUCAGGAGAACUUUUACGUGAUGGAGUUAAAGUUGCAAUUAUUGGAGCACCAAAUACAGGAAAGAGUAGCCUUUUGAAUUCUUUAUGUAAUAGAGAAGCAGCUAUAGUAACAGAUUUGCCUGGUACAACUAGAGAUCCAAUUCAGGUGCCCCUAGAUGUGUUUGGUUACUCUGUACUUUUGAUUGACACGGCAGGAAUUCGUUCUCAAACUGUAAAUUUGAUUGAAGACUUAGGGAUAAAAAAAUCUAAAGUUCAGGCCCAAAGUGCUGACAUGGUGAUUCUGAUGAUUGAUGCUCAAUAUCUCCUAGAUGUAGACAACAUAGAUUUAUGGCUCCAAAAAUAUAUUGAAAAUUUGAAAGUGCAGUGUGUUAAUUGUUUAGUGUAUGUGAAUAAAAUUGACAUUGUGUCAGACAACCAAGUUGUUCGACUUAAAAAAAUAUCACAAAAUUCUAACUGGACUAUGUGUUUUGGUUCUUGUAAAGUUAACGAUGGUUUAACAGAUAUGAUGAAAACAUUUGAAAAUUAUUUGCAAACAUUAUGUGGAAAUCCCAAUUUUGAACACCCUCGAUGUACUCAAGCAAGACAUAGAUAUUGUCUCUUAAAAGCAUUGAGUAAUGUUCAGAUGUAUCUUGAAAUUUCAAAGUCUGAAGAAAACAUUGAUGUUGCUGCACAACAUUUACGUAGAGCAACAUUAAAUGUAGGUAAAAUUACAGGACAUGUAUCGACCGAAGAAAUGCUCAAUGUUAUAUUUUCAAAAUUUUGUAUUGGUAAAUAAUAAGAUAAUGAUUGGUUAAUAUAUCAAUGUAUCUCUUAUAUUAUAGUUUUAAUUUAGUAGUAUUUCUCUUAAGUGUGUAUUAUCUGUUUUUAUUAAUUUUAUUAUUAUUUGUAUUAAACUGUGUUAGUGGAGACAACAAUGAUAAUUAUUAAUUAAUAAUCUUUAAUCUUAAUAUAUAUUUACUUAAUAAAUAAAGUUAGGUUGUGA